GCGCUAUUGAAUAAUAAAUAAAAAUCUACUAAAUCAAUUUUUGAUUUAGAUAUUACUUUUUGUUGUUGCUCGUCUUAUUAUUACAAUUUUUAUGUUAAAAAUUCCAUGUUUUAAUUAAAGGAAGUAAUGUUGUUGGUGAUACCAAUCAAAUUGCUAAAUACAAUUUUUGUUUUCAUUCGUUUAGUAUUUUUGACGCUUAGCACAGUUAUUCAUAUAUAGAUACGAAAGAGAGAGGCCAAUGAUUGACCGAUAAUUAUCUGUUUCAAAAGCUUCUAUACAAUCGAUCGAAUUCACAUUCUUAAAUGAUCUCAGUAGUUGAAGCAGAGGAAGCUUAGCCUCCUACGGAUUAUUAAGUCUUCUAGCAAGAUUUUUGAAAGAUGUGUUUUUUUUUCAAAAAUCUUAUCUGAGGAGGCUAAAUUCCGUGCCACUAGCAUCUAUCGAUUCUCUUGUCUUUUUGAAUUUAUUAAGGUAAUCUUUGAAUAAGUCUAUUAUGAAAGUGAUUAGUAUAGUGCAACGUAUAAAUAUCCAUCUAAUAAGAAAAGCAACAUGUGUUUAUUAGUUUAAUUAGUUGUUUUUAUUUUUAUGUUUUCUUAUUUUCAAAUAUAGACGAAUCAUUUUUAGAGAGUAAUUUGUUCUUAUAAACAUGAAUCUAAUCAAGUUAUUUCGAAAAUAUAAGAAAACAAAUGAUACUUCUUAUUGCACAUCUAUAAAUGAAAACUCUAAUGUACAGCAGCAACCAACGCGAAUUUUUCCUGAUAUAAAACCUAUUGAUCUCGAUGCUCCAGCGUACGUAUAAAAAGCGUUCUUAACUAUAUAAUUUAUUUUUUUUUUGAUUAUUUUAAAUAAAAAUUAAUUGAAUAUGUUUAUAUAGACCAGCUUAUAUUUCGGAAAAAUAUCGUCAAUUUCCAUUUCCAACACGUCGUAAUGAUAUAACAGAUGAAUAUGAUUUAUCAGGAGAAUUAUUAGGUGCUGGCAUGAAUGGUGCAGUGUUGGCAUGUUGGCAUCGUGCAACCAACCGUAAAUGUGCUCUUAAAGUCAUAAAAGAUUCAAAUAGAGCUCGAUGUGAAGUUAUUUUACAUAAAAAAGCUUGUGAAGGAUGUGAUCAUAUUGUUCAAAUACUCGAUGUUUAUGAAAAUAUGUUUGAAUCAAAGCGAUGUUUAUAUGUUAUUAUGGAAUGGCAUGUAUAA